AUGGCUCAUAUAAAAGAUGGGGAGUUCGAUGCCGUUCGGUCUACGGAUCAGCACGGAACUCAGGGCCGAUGCCGAGACCGAGAGAUAGAUGAUGAGGUCUUGUCCGGGAAGAUGGGUGGACAGCAGAGGGGCUCUGCUCAUGUAGGCUUUCAGAUCUUCGAACGCUUGGUCGCAUUCGGAAGUCCAAUCGACCUGCCGUUUGCUUCCUUUGAGAGCUUUGAAGAAAGGGGCGCACCGAUCGGUGGCUUUUGA